AGUCAGAAAAAAAGGUUGCUUUUACACGAGUGUGACUGACUUCCUGAGCUAAGAUUGAGUUAGAGGCAGAAGAGAGACGCAAGCUCUCUAACACAACAAAACAAAACAAUCUGAUCAAUAUACCAACAAUUGUGAAAGCGUUGUGUUUUUUUUACAUCUGUAAACGCCGGAGAAGCAAAAGCAUGGAUUAUUCGACUGCCUUGGAAGUGUAUAAAGAAAUGAUUCUGAUGUAUCUGGAAGAAGGCCGGAAGUUUGUGAAUACAAAGUGCGAAGGGCUGGAAGCUUGGCAGAUCAUCGGGGUGACAGUUGGCUCUACUCUGCUGGCAGUGUGGCUCCACGGAUUCCUCUUUCAGCAGGAGAGCUUGACAUCAAGAGUAAAAAAGCAGUGUUUUAGGAUUAUAAGAAAAAUUCCUUUUGUUGGGGCCACAAUCCAGAGUCAGCUGAACAAGGCUCUGGAUGACAUGGCUUCCAGCUUGUUCACCCUGAAGGAAGGAAUGAGUUACACCCACUCCCUACCCUCCCAGGGGCUCACUCAAACACAGGUGCUGGAGAAGCUCAAAGAGUACAGUGCACUGGGAGAUGUCCGGUGGGAGGAAGGCUGUGUUUCGGGAACUGUGUACAGUGGAGACGAGAAGCUUACAAAUCUCCUUGUGAAGGUCUAUGGGGAGUUUGCCUGGUCUAAUCCUCUGCAUCCGGAUAUUUUCCCUGGAGUGCGCAAGAUGGAAGCAGAGGUGGUGCGGAUGGCCUGUACUCUCUUCCACGGCGGUCCUCAGUCCUGCGGCACGGUUACCUCAGGAGGUACAGAGAGUAUCCUGAUGGCUUGCAAAGCAUACAGAGAUCUGGCACGAGAACGGGGCAUCAAACACCCUGAAAUCCUUGCACCAAUCAGUGUUCAUGCAGCUUUUGACAAAGCAGCGCACUACUUUGGAAUGAAAAUAAUUCACAUUCCCCUGGAUCAGAAAACUAUGGAAGUUGAUGUGAAGGCCAUGAGAAGAGCCAUCUCGAGGAACACUGCCAUGCUAGUCUGCUCUGCCCCUCAGUUCCCCCAUGGAAUCAUGGACCCUGUGCAAGAUGUAGCAAAGCUGGCUGUGAAGUACAAUAUUCCUUUCCAUGUAGACGCAUGCUUGGGUGGUUUCCUGAUCGCAUUUAUGGAAAAGGCCAAGUACCCCCUGCGUCCUUUUGACUUCCGUGUCAAAGGGGUGACCAGCAUUUCAGCGGAUACACACAAGUAUGGCUUUGCCCCAAAGGGCUCUUCUGUGGUCCUGUACAGUGAUAAGAAGUACCGACAUUAUCAGUAUUUCGUGGCUCCAGACUGGCAAGGAGGUAUCUAUGCAUCUCCCUCUAUUGCUGGCUCCCGACCAGGAGGCAUCAUUGCAGCUUGCUGGGCCACCAUGAUGCACAUGGGAGAAAGUGGCUAUGUUGAAGCCACAAAGAAGAUUAUUAAAACUGCACGGUUCAUUGAUGCAGAAAUUCGCAAGAUAGAUGGAGUGUUUGUCUUUGGCAACCCUGAAGUUUCUGUUGUGGCCCUGGGAUCUAAAGUCUUUGACAUUUUUCGGUUGUCCAAUGCAUUGACCGCCAAGAGCUGGAAUUUGAACACACUGCAGUUUCCUUCAAGUAUCCACAUCUGCGUGACGCUGCUGCACACAAAGCCUGGUGUGGCUGAGAGUUUUGUGAAAGACGUCAAAGAGUGUGUGGCAGUUAUCAUGGAAAAUCCCCAGGAAAAAACCACUGGCAUGGGGGCGAUCUAUGGCAUGGCACAGUCUAUUCCAGAUCGCUCAAUGGUGACGGAGGUUUCUUACGGUUUCCUUGACUGCCUAUACAGUACAGAGCUUCCCUCCACAGACAAUGCGCACAUGAACGGCACCUCCAAGGCCCACUGAGCCUCUGAAUAUUUCUUCAGGGUGCAGUGACCUCUGGGAGAUAGGAUUACCUGUGGAAAAACAACAUGGGUACCUCCAAUGUUUUUAUUUUUCCUCCCACUGUGUUCUGUGAAACUUGAAAUAGGUUUUUGCAAUAGUUAGAAAACACAUUUUUCCUCUCAGAUCAUAAGUCAUUUAACCUGUGUAUAGAAAAAGCAAGUCUUUUAAAAGGCACAAAAAAUGGUAGAUGUAGAAGAAUAAAAGAACAUCUCUUUUAGUUUAAGUGUCAGUUGAUAAUGAAAACCUCCUUUGAAAAUGCCUAUGCCAAUUAUAUUUAUUUAAUACACUCCACACUGCAUCCUUUCAUGUUUUGGGAUACUUAAGCAACCUACUGUACUGUUAGAAAACCAAUGGGUAUAGUUAUAUUUAUCAGACAAGGGGCUCACACGGUUCACCCCUGCUCAAUAAUAAGCCAAGAAGAAAAAUAAUAGUUGUAAAAUGUAGGUUAACUUCCUGAAUUUAAAGAAUUUACCUUUGGAGUUAUGUUGGCUUUUUGAAAAUCUUUUUUGCAGUUCAUUGUUUAUUUGUGAAGCAUAUUAAAUGAAUGCUCGGAGUGUCUCUAAAGACACUCUGCGUAGGACACGGAGAAUCAUAACCUAAAACUUGUAAUAAAAAAUUUAGUCACCCUUUGCCACAGUAAGCAUUAUAAAAUUCAAUUUUACAAGUUUUCUGAAACAAAGGUGUUUGUUUUUACUAAAAUGCCUAAUGUUUAAGACCUUAAUUACGGUUUUGUGAAUAUAAUUAUUCAUGUUAAAAUAUUUAUAACACGCAUACCAUCAAUUUAAAUAUUUUGUAAUUUCUAAUCUUUCAAACUGUCCUGUCAGUUUGUUCUAUUAAUGUUCUUUAAAUUAUAAUGACACCAUAUGGUCUGUUCGCCUGUCUUAAACCUUUGUGUAAAAAUAUUCAGAAAACCCUUAGUUCUUAUUGUCACUCAAAAUUGGAGGAUUUAAAAACCAAUUUGCUUUCUGUUUUAUACUGUUGAGCAUAAGUGUGGAUUUUUUUUUAAUUAGACCCCGAAUCAGACCUUGGUGUUUUACUCCUUCAUCAUCUGCAAAGUGGUGAGAUUUUAAAAUUCACUCAGUACUGUCUGACAGUUCAAAGUGGAAUUCCAACCAGUUCAGGUGAACCAAAUGGUACUAGCUUGCCAAAUGAUGGUUCCAAUAAGCUGAUUGUCUCUGUAAGGGAAGGGAAGCUCUAGCAAGAAUUUAACUUCUCAUUCAUGCCUGAUAGAGAAUGUGUGUGUUCAGACAGUAUCUAGUUUAAAAAAAAUAGUUUGGGAGGUUUAUAUUUUCUCAGCCAGGUGUCCUCAGUUUUAGGGAAGUGGAAAGACCACACGAUUUGUUAACACUUUCCAUCUACCUCACUGUCUAACUGCAUUUCAAGGCAAUCCUGAUACAUUUAUGAAGGUUGGCCAGAGUACAGAGUGACCUGCAUAACUGGGAUUAAUGAUCUAACACUGCUCUGGGCUAUGAACACCAAGGGCCUGAUUCUCGUAAUGGCACUAAGUUGUAACGCUUAUUGUUCAGGACCAAACUAUAGGUGCUGUCUGUUAUAUGGGUAGAUUUGGCUUUACUUCGCUGUCCUUCACUGAGACCUUUUUAAGUAUUAAUAUAGAUGCAGAACAAAAGAUGCAUAAAAGCGAAACAACAAGAAAUGAAAACUGAAAAUGGAUCUUCCGAUCUUUUAAUCAACUGUAAUCACUUUCAUGGCUUUAUUUUUAACAGCUACUGUACGUGCUUUUUUUGUAUGCUUGGGCAGUAUACAAAUGUUUCUGUAGGUACAUUUCAUACUUAUUACCUCCAUUGCUACUUCCUUUGAACAAACCGAUGCUGGCAACCUAGAGGUACAAGGUGAGCAGAGCAUAUAACCAUCCCCUGGGCAUGAGGGUAGGGACCCAAACAUGAACUGCUGUGAUGUACAGUAAAUGCUCGGUGUUCAUGAGGGUUAGGUGCCUUGAACUCUCUGUGAAUGCAGGGCUUAAUACCCUAUGGAGAAAAUGAGGUGUGGUUUCACAGCUUGUGAAACUAGCAUUUUCCAUAGCAAUAUUUUUGUUACAACUGUUUAUCAUUUCAAAAGUUGUUUUAAUUGCUAGUAUUUUUUUAUUGAAAUGAAUACUGAAAACUGGGGGGGGGGGGACCUUGUUUCCCCCCCUUUAAUCCAAGUUAUUGCUUGUACCAGCAAAUUAGAUCACUGUUGCUAUAGUUUACCCUGUAUUAGAGUUUGUUUUUUCAAUCACAGCAGAGUGCAUUUUCAUUGCUGUUUACGCCAUGUUUUUAAUGUUCUCAUAAAUGCAACAGUACUGUAAAAGCUUAUUGCAGCCCAGCAAUAACAGACUAGAAAGUAAAUUGUAUUUCACUCCCUUCCCACUCAACCAACUCACUCUCCUCCUCCUGUGCCUUGAAUAAGUCUGUUUCUUCUAAUUCUUUUUUAAUUCUGUUCCUCGAGACAUGCAAGAAUGAAGACUGUGAUAACUUAGGAAAACAUUUCAGUAAACAUUUUUCAUUCAUAGGUCAAAUCACAGUUAUUGAGGUUUUAUUGUAGAUGUGAAAUACUGAAAGCUGUAGUUAGAGGUUCAGUCCUCCUAGUGCUGACUUGGUGUGUUUUUGUCAUUUUGAUUGUUGUCUCUUAUAAUAUUUAAAAAAGGUAUAACAAAGUAUUUUAAAGGUUGCCUUUAGUAUACUAUAUGAACCAUCAAAAUUACAGAUUUCUGCUGCCCUAACUGAAAUGCAGGGCUAGUGGAUACCUUAUAAAGCAGGAUAGAUGUGCUCUAACACAAUAGUUUAAACAUUGUAUUAAUUUGCUUGUGUAGCUUUAUUUUCUUUGUGCAAUACCUCUCAGUAAUGGUUAUUAAUCACACUGAACUCUCAUUUUGUUUCAUCCCCAGCUGGGCACAGAUAAAUGUUUGAGAUAAAUGAGGAGUACUUUAAACAUGCUGUAUCUGUCCUUUGUUAGAAUUGAUCACUAUUACCAGUACUUUUGAUGGUGCUUAAAAACAUCCCUAAAAGGAUCUUUCAAAAUUAUAUCAGAUUUGUAAAUAAUAUUUCUUUAUAAUUCUAUACUGUAAACUUCACCUUAUAAAAUAUUUCCAGAUAGUUUAAUAAUGAUCUGUACAUGCACUGAGAGAAUGUAGGUAAUUGCUUUAAUUUUUUUAAAAACUAAUUGAAAAUUGAAAAUGAGUAUAUAAAAAGUAGUAUGUAUUUUAAUUUGUGCUAUCCACACAUUUAAGUUAGUGGAGGACAACUCAUAUGAAAUUGGUACCUGACAAAACCGUGACUGUUGUCAUACCUUGGCUCAAUGGGUUUAAAGUAUGUCUGAACAUUAUAAAAUGUUUGCAGGAUGGUUUUGGUAGGUUCUUUUUGGUUUGUUUCGGGGCUUUCUGGAAGGUUUUUUGUUUUGCAUUUCAUGUUUUUUUUAAAGAGGUCUCUGUGAAGAAACAUUCUGCUCAUAUAAAAGUUACUGUAUAACUGUUCUAGGUCCUAGACGGUGAUGUGUAUAAUAACUAAAUAUUAACAUUUUGUGCUAUUGUGAAAAUCUGUCUUCUAAUUUUAAUGAUCACCGAAUGAUAGUGUUGGAACAGUUUUUUUUUAGAUUUAUCUGUUUUAGUUAUAGUGAAAAUGCAAUGAUGGAAACUAUAACAAAAUUAGAUUUUGGCUCAAAUCAAGAGACAAAACAAUUUCUGUUGAUUUAUUUUCUUCCUUGAUACUAGUUUGCAUUCCAUUUGUUGAUUUGAUAGCACAGUUACUAAAUUAAUAAUGAGUUAUGAAGUUCAAAUGUUUUAAUAUUUGUUUUAAAAUGGUAUGGAAAAUUCAGACAUUUUUAUAUUAACAUUUUAAUGUUAAUUUCUGUGUGGGUUUCCACUGUCAUUGUGAAAUUAUCUAUAGCAUGUUCUUAACUGACGUGAGUAGGACGGAUAUUAAUUUUAAUGAUGGUCAGCUGCUUUAAUUUCAUAGCAGUUGUAAUAUGUUACCACUUCAGAUCAUGGAAUGAGCCACUUAAGAAGCUUUGCAAGAAUACUAGGUUUUGACUGAGUUUCAAAUAGUUUUUUUUUCCAAUGCAGAGAGCUAUGGAUUCCACUGCGUUGUCGUAACUUUAACGGUUCGAGUGAAGUGGGAAUAAAUGCAGGGUACAACUCAGAUGGUAAUGAGAUGUGGCUUAUAAAUACAGUUGGAGGAGUAGAAAAACCAUGUGAAAAUCAUGAAAGGAGUAGAAAAAUUGUGUCAUCUUCAUCUGUUCUGGUAUUCCUCGAUUGUAUUGAUAAUUAAAGAAUAUCUGUACCAAAAAGGACUAUAGUUUAUACAAUGUUUCUGUAGUACUAAUAUUACCAAUGAUUUCCUGUCCAGUCUCAUAGCCAUUUCUGUUUACCCUUACAUUACAAGCAUUCCCAAAGCACCUUGCCCAGAAAUAAAAUGUCUGGAUAUAUGCACUGAAUUAAAAAUAGCACAAUCUUUAAAAAAAAGGUUAAGCAGCAUUCACCUGUAUGCCUUCUAAGCUGAACCCUAUUAUGCAUAGUUUUUUGGGCGAAAAGCUUUAGUUCACUUCUCCUCAGGGAGAUAAAGUUGUCAAACAAAUCAAAGAUUACAACACAUAGGACAUUGUGUAUAUAAAUACACUCCAUGAUUUACCAUUCCAAUUUCUUUAUCACUGUGUGUUUGUUUCUUUUGAACUGUAAUCAUUGAUAUAUAGUACCACAUACUCUAGGAGUCUAGUAAGGAAAAGGGAUAAUUUUGGUUGAGUUUGUUGUUUCAUGUAGUUAGAGGAUUGUGACAGAUGUCAAUUGUAGUCAACCUGGAGAGACUUAUACAGUAAAUGUGUAUAAAAGAAAAGCAUUCUGAUUCUCCCCCUCCUGUGAUAGUAUGUUCAUAGUGGUAAAUUCGGUUUGAGUUACAAUUAGCAAUUCAAAAUGUGGGGAGCAUCAGGAGAAAAAUGGUCCUAAUUAAAGAAGCAUCUGUGGACAUGUGCAUUAUCCUCUCAGGUGUCUGUUCUACCAGGGAACAAGUCUAGCUUUUCAAAUAAAGUUCCCAGGAAUGUUAAGCUAUUCCGUAUUACCUUUCUUUCUAAACAAAUACAUGUUGUCAGAUACUGUGCAUCCAAUAAUAAAGAGUUUUCAGACUAAUUCAUUUUUCUACUUAUACAAACUGUAGAUAUUAAGAAUAAUUCUUAAAAUGAGAAUGAAACACUCUUCUGCAGUUUUUCAAAAUAGUUUGUGCACUUAGUCAUACUAUCAAGAAGAUUAAGAUUGCUCUUAAAAACAGCUGCUUCCUAAAAUCUUAGUCUGCUCUAAGGUGCAGCAGUGGCUCUGUCCAAAAACAGUCAUUGAGCCUUGCUAUGAGAUGUUAGCAAUGCACGCUUUCUGCAAAGUUGCAGUGUAUUUAGAGGAGCUGUUACACAAGUGUUCUCCUUAGUAACAUGCAAGAAAUUUGAUUUGUCAGUCUUCAAGCUCGUAAAAACGGGAAAUAGCUAUUAUGCAAGAGCUUCUUGAACAUAAACCCUCCUUCACUUUUAUUUAAUUCUGAGGUACGGAUCUUGCCUUCCUUUUUCAGGCAUUUGAGUUUUCCCAUUCCAAGCAUCACCUUGCUAAAUAGACAUUUUUUUAUCUCAGAUUUUUAUAUCUGUGGUAAUUUACACAACUUAUUUGAACAGAGCUGGAUUUUUUUUUGUACAACCUGUGUAUGUUCUGCAACCUCAUGUAGUAUUGUCAUGAAUAAUGUGUGCUAAUGUGCAUUAUUUAAAAACAUGUUUACCAGAAAAAUGCAAUACAUUAAUUUUAGAUCACCAAAAAACUGUGACUGCAGUGUGUGGACUGUUUUUGCCCAAGAAUCUAUUGCAUGUUUGGUUCUGGUGUUGAGUUCCUUGUUUUUUGUGGUGUUUGGGGGAACUUUUAAGACAAUUUAAAGCUGUUAAUAAAGCAUUUAUAAAGCUGUUAAUCUCUGUAGAUAUUUAUUAAUAGUGGAUAAAAUAAGUGCACAUUUUAAAGGGAUUUUGAUUAUUGAAUCCUUGUCUAUUUGUAGUCCCGUGUUUUACACUGUAACAUAUAUUAAAAAACAAAUUAAAGUGUGGUCCUGAA